CUAAAAAGUAGUCUGGCAUGAAGCUGUGACAUGCUCAUGUAUGUGCCCUGCACCAACAGCAGCUACACUCCUAAGGGGAUGAAAUCGAACAAAAGGUCCAUCUUAUAUCUACAAGUGAUGGCGACUUACACAAUAGCCCAAGAAAAGAUGUGCCAUUUUACGCGAAAGAGCAGAGAUGGAAACAUGGAGUGUACAUUUCCAGCUAUAAAGGAUCCAGCUCAGUUGGUGGUUUCACAUGCAAAGUCGAGUAAGGAUGUUCUAAAGCACCCAGAAGAAGUAGAGGACAGGACAGGAGGAGGGAACAAGAAGCUUCGUUUAUCAUUGAUGUUAUAUGUGAUCAACAAAAACUUGUGCUUCUCAUCCAAUUUUUGUCAAACUAUGUUGAUGUGUGGUUAUGCACUUGUCGGGCCCUUUUGCUGUGCACCUGUACUUUAGAACUAUUUUGUUGUGUACUUGUUGGGCCUUGAAUCUUUAUGUGUAGAGGAGUCGAUGGAUGAUGUAUUGUAAUUCAUGUGAUGUGUUACUGAAAUGAAAUAUAUACAAGUAAUUUAUAAUCUUUUA